GGAAAAACGGAGUGUUCAACUUCAUAGUAUAACCAACUCAGCAUACAAUCAUGCAGAUUAGCAAGUGCUUUUUCAUUCCUUUGUGGGGAAAAUGCUUUUGCUUUGUACAUGUGUGAAAACUUUUUCAGAAUUAUCUGCAACAUUGCAAAAGAAUAAUCUUCCUCAAAUGACAAUUAUUAUACAAAGAUUCUACAGAUUAUGUUACUUAAAUAGUCUUCAACUACUUCUCCACUAUAUAAAUACCCCCUUUCUCCAGCCCUUAGUGAUUAUACACCGUUUUCAUCCCUUUUGUAUGAUUUUCUUGAUUCUCUCUUGUUUCUUGAUUCUUUUGUGUGAGUUUGAAUUGAGACUUUUUUCACUGAAAUAGUUGAUUUUUUUUCCCUGAUACUUUGUUUCUUUGUUACGCUACUUUUUAUCUGAUCAAAACCCUUGAAUUCUUCACGAGGUUUUGGGUUUGAUUGGACUUUUAGAUUUUUGAGUUUCUGGGUUGGUUUAGAAUGGAUCCAUUGGAUAGGAAUAAAAGAAAUGGCGAGGGUAUAAAUUUGAGAGAUGGGAUUGGGGUGGAGCCAUUGAGUAUGAAUCAAAGAAAUGGGAUGGAGGGCAUGAAUUUGAGUGAUGAGACUUGGAUGGAGCCAUUGAGUGGGAAUCAAAGAAAUGGGAAUUUGAGUGGUGAGACUUGGAUGGAGCCAUUGAGAAGGAGUCAAAGAAAUGGGGAGGGCAUGAAUUUGAGUGAUGAGACUUGGAUGGAGCCAUUGAGUAGGAAUCAAAGAAAUGGGGAGGGUAUGAGUUGGAGUGAUAUUAUUUGUAUGGAGCCAUUGACUAGGAAUCAAAGAAAUGGGGAUGGCAUGAAUUUGAGUGAUGAGACUUGGAUGGAGCCGUUGAGUCGGAUUCAAAGAAAUGGGAUGGAGGGCAUGACUUUGAGUGAUGAGACUUGGAUGGAGCCAUUGGGUAGGGAUCAAACAGAUGGGGAGAGUAUGAGUUUGAGUGAUUUCAUUUGUGUGGAGCCAUUGAGUAGGAAUCAUGGUGUGGAUUUGAGUAAUGAGAUUUGUAUGGAGCCAUUGAGUAGGAAUCAAAGAAAUGGGGAUGGUAUGAAUUUGAGUGAUGGGAUUGGGAUGAAGAGGGUUCCUGGGGGAGUGGAAGAUGACUCAGUGGUUAAAAAAAUUAGGCUUGGUGAAGAAUUUGAUGAAAUAUUUGGUUCUCACAAAUACACUGAUGAGAAUGUUGCUUUAGAAAAGGUUAAGGAUGAGCAUCUAGAGAGUAAAAGCCAAUUCAUGGUUUUUGAAAAACUCGAUGAAAGUAUUGGGCAUAUAGGUAAAAUGGACAUUUUGAAAAGGGGAGGGGUCAAGAAUGGGGCAGUGGGUGCUGGAGAAUUUAUUGUUGGGUGUCAAGAAGGUGGACUUUUAAGUGUACCAGAAGAAGAGUCUCACAAUGCUAUUCAAAUGUCAAAUUGGAACUUAGGGAAUGUUAAUGGGGGCAGUGAAUUGGGUUUUGAUUUUAAUGUUUCAGUUAUGGAAGCAGCCAAUGGAAGUACUUUAGUUGGUAUGCUGGAGGAUACUCAGAGGAUUAUUGAAUUAAAUGAAAUUAGGUCUGAUGUGAGUGAUCACAGGGAAGAAAGAGUGAACAAAGGAAAGGCGGAGCAAAUUGAGGAAAUAAUACCUUAUGUCGCCUUCGGAAAUUGCAAACUUGAGUUGGGAGUGAUGACCAAAGACCAGGAUAUUUGUGGAAGUAGUUCAUUGGGCGGUGAGAAGAGAUACACCAGAGAACAAAAGGGAAAGGCUAAGGUUGACAACACUUGGCUGUCACUUACAACCUUGCCAAUGGAGUUGGACUUGCAACACAGCAAGCAGCAGCAGGAGGCUGUUUCAACAUUGCUGCAGCUAGGAUCCAUCCAGCAUAGACAAAGUGUUGAUGUGUUACCAAUGGAAAAUGCUGAAGUUAAUUUGAUUGCUGAACAUGCAACAAGACAAAAAAUUGCAUUAAGGGAAAGGGCUCCUCGCUUUGCGCGCUUUGAAGCUCCCCAUGAAGGCUCUUCUAGUCCGGAAACAAAAUUGCCAACUUGGGAAACUAUUAAAGAUCAAGGGAACACACCCGAUCCCUUUUCUACUGCAUUGAAGAAGAUUAGGGAGUGUAUACCUAAACGAAAGGAUGAGAAAUUGGUUAGACGGGAAGCUUCUCCAAAUCCUGAGAAUAAAGAGUUUCAUUGUGUGUUUCCUUCGCUGCUAGAUCUUUCCUUGAAAACCCUUGCAGAAAAUGCUGAAGCAAUAGUUUCUCUUGAAGGUGUCCCUGAUAUCUUGAGGCGGCGAUUGACUGAAUUGCUCUGCAAUUCUAGGAAAAUGAGUUCUCAUAUGUUGGACCUUCUUAUUCAAGGAUCACCAACUCAAAUUCGUAUAAAGGACUGUUCAUGGUUAACAGAAGAACAGUUUUGCAACUCAUUUAGAGACUUUGAUAGACGAAACUUGAUGGUGCUUCAACUAGAUCUUUGCGGACAACCCACACUUGAUCAUGUGUUGGGUACAACCAUUGCUCCGGCUUCAAAUAGCUUACCUAAUUUAGCCAUCUUGUCACUGAGGGGUGCUUGUCGGAUGUCUGAUAGAGCUCUGGAAACACUUGUUACAUCAGCUCCUUCUCUACAGUCCAUUGAUUUGAGUCAGUGCUCCCUUUUGACCCACACUAGUAUUGGUAUUGCAGCCAACUCAUUGGGAUCAAUUCUCAAGGAGCUCUGUAUAGAUGAUUGCCAGAGCAUAGAUGCAAUACAUAUAUUACCUUCACUGGAGAAGAUGGAGUGUUUGGAACUGUUGUCGGUAGCUGGAAUUCAUAGUGUAUGUGAUCAGUUUGUAAGCGAGUUACUUACAGCACGUGGUCAUAAUAUAAAACAGCUUGAUAUUUCCCGCUGCCAGAAUCUGACUGAUCAUUCCCUGAAGUUUAUUGGAGAUACAUGUGCUAACUUGCAUUCAUUAAAUAUUUCAAACUUGAGUAAAUUGACAGAUGUGGGACUGCAGUUUCUCGCGAAUGGUUGUCGAUCAAUCCGGAAACUCAUAUUUUGCCGUAAUAAUUUCAGUGAUGAAGGGAUUGCUGCAUUUUUGGAAGCUUCUGGAGCAUGUUUGGAGGAACUUUCACUGAAUAAUUGCUCUAAGGCUAGCACUAGCACUGCCUUCUCACUAGCCAAAAGUUCAAGAAAAUUACUGCAUUUGGACCUAUCAUGGUGUCGCAGAAUAAGUGACGAUGAGCUAGUGCUGAUUGUAGACAGCUGCUUGUCGCUCAAGCUACUCAAACUCUUUGGCUGUACACAGAUAACAGAUGUAUUCAUAAAUGGCCACUCAAACACUGUAGUGCAGAUCAUUGGAUUGAGUAUGACUCAGAUAUCUGAUAAGAUUAGCAGGUUUGACGGCGUGGAAGUUCUGUUGAAAUAUUCACCAGUAGUGACAUCUUCUAAUUCAUGAAGGACACUUGACAUUAUGAUUGAAGAUACAUCUAAAGAUUCCUCAAUGCACAGCAUUGCUGCACCUAUUGGAACAAAUAGAAAUUGCCUUUUUGUUGUAAUCUUUUCUUUGGAACAGCCUCUCCUUCCUUAUUUUCUAAUUACAUUUUACUUUACAGGUCAUACAUGAUCACUAGACAAUGGUUGCCAAAAUUUGGCCUCACAGGCUUAUAGCAAUACCUCUCUUGUCUUCAACGUUAUAGCUUGUUUCUUUCUGACAAAAGAUUACAUCGAGUUGAUUACUAUAACAAGUAUCUCCUCCUUGCUAAAUCAUUCAAGUCAUAAUGACCUGCUUGGUUCCCA